GGCCGCAGUGGCGUCGGCAUUUAUCGUGUGUCUUGUAUAUAUACUCGACUGUAUUCAUCGACUCUAAGAAAUGGCUCUAAAGACAUUGACAUGGCUGAAUCUAAAUUUCAUGGAGAAGAUUCUGCGAAGAUCGGAAGAUGAUAAUUCGAUUCAGGUGAUCGACAUAGUUUCGAAACCUGCUACAAGCAAGGGUGACAACUACACCAGCGACAUGAUCAGGAUUACUGCCGAAUAUUCGCGCAACGAAGGAAGCUGUAAAAUUGAAGAGAAAAAGUCAAUUAUCCUUAAAAUCUUGCCUGAACCCGGAAACAAACAAAAAUUUGUUAUAGAAUCAGGUCUCUUUCACACCGAGAUGUUAAUGUUGUCAAAUACUUUGAAUAAAAUGAAUAGAUUGUUAGAGCCGAAGUAUCGCUUGAGCGGAAAGACUUACUACAUGCAAAAUGAAGAUCCAAUGCUUCUGGCGAUCGAAGAUCUCACGUCUCUCGACUUUCGAAUGGCCGAUCGUUUGUCUGGUCUUGACUUAGAUCAUUCCAUAUUGGCGAGUCGUGGACUAGCAAGGUUUCAUGCUGCUUCUGUAGCUCUAUGUGAGAAGGAACCAAAACAAAAAGAGAUGUAUUCACUAGGAAUAUUUAACAAGCAGCAAUCGUCAGGAAUGAAAGAUAUUGUCAUUAAGAGUACUAAAAAUUUAGCAAACGAGAUUGCACACUGGCCAGAAGUAAAAAAAUACUCGGAAAAAAUUGCUAAACUCUCCGAUCACAUAUAUCAAAUAGGAAUAGAUGCAACUAAACUCUGUAAGGAUGAAUUUAAUGUCAUUAAUCAUGGUGAUUUUCAUGUGAACAAUAUGUUAUUCAGAUAUGACAAUGAUGGCAAACCUAUUGAUCAUAUUUUUAUAGACUUCCAAUUGUGCGUUUACACAACGCCGGUACUUGAUUUGAUAUAUUUUCUCAAUACAAGUCCUUCCUUGGAUAUCAUGGAAAACAAAAAAAAUAUUCUAUUAAACGAAUACCUUGACACCUUAUCAGUGAUUAUGAAACAAUUGAAUUGCAAGACACAGGCGCCCACCAUGGAAGAACUGAAGGUUACCAUAAAGCGAAAAGCUAGCUAUGAAAUGAUAGUAUUCUUCGUCAUUUUACCGUUUUUGCUGUGCUCUAAGGCUGAGGCGAAAGAUUUGGAUGAAUUAUUAAGCUCUGAUGUAAAUCCAGGUGUCAAAAGCGAGAAUUUUAGAAAGUUAAUGAUAAAAAGACUGCCACUGUAUGACGAAUGGGGUUUAUUGGAUCUCUAAUGUAUACUUUAUCUUUAAUGAUAAAAUAUAAAAAUGGAAAUGCAAAUAUAAAUAA